AUGCGAGAGGACCAGGAACUGGUUGAGCGCCAAGAUGCUGUUGCGAUUGCACAACGCUUGCGAACGGACCAACAACUUUGCCGAGAGAACAGGCUGCCCAGCACGUUGGCUAUCACGCUCUGUUCUGCUCCAAAUACGCUGCUCGAGAGUGUAGCGUGGCACAUCACACCACAUGCUGGGGUUUCCAAGGCCCUCCGGUCAGCCCGAUGCAAUGGCAUCAUCCAAGGCAUCAAAGCGUACCUGAGUCAACUGGAGAGCAGGACACAUGAACCAAGCACAGACCGAGAUACUUUCCACAUUCCCACAGACAAUGAGCUGGAAUCGACGCUCAAGGUACUGGAUUAUCUCCAAAGGAAUAACUUGGUGAAGCAGGGCGCUACAACAGACCCACUGUCAGAUGUGAUUCUGACCGUGAAGGCUCAGCUCUCUAUGGACAAUAUUAUUCGAACUGCGCAGCAUAGGAGUCUUCAGGGGCAUGAAAAGGUCCGAAAGCCAAGCGAGAAAAUACGAUGCUAUAUAUGCCGAUACAUGUUUUCGGCGUCCGAAGCCCAUGAAUUAUACCCCUCAUUGUGUCGCCAAUGUGGCAUGUUCAACGUCGGAUGCUCAGAGCUUUCAUUGCCGAACAAGUUGAAUCUCAGUGGAAAGUUCGCCUUGAUCACCGGUGGCAGAAUCAACCUUGGUUUUUCAACUGCGCUGAGAUUACUUCGUUGCGGUGCCAACGUUAUCGUGUCGUCUCGAUAUCCCGCCGAUGCCGCUGCACGAUAUUCAAAUGAAGAAGACUAUGCCGAAUGGAACACCAAGCUGAAGGUGGUUGGAGCGGAUUUCCGAACCGCAAAAGACGCCUUUCGUCUUGUCCACAUAGUAAAGCAGUUACUUCGUGAUUGGGAAUGUGAAACAGCAUCGGAGUCUCCGCGUUACCUCGAUAUCCUCAUCAACAACGCGGCGCAAACCUUGACAGACCCUAUUAAAGCAGAGGUCAAAGCAAUCGCGAGAGAGGAGCAACUCCGAGAAAGCCCAGAGACAAAAUUACUGCUUGCGACUACCGUCGAGGACUACAAGCCUCGAGUGCGUGGUGGCCUUCCGGCCUCCUGGGUCCCCAGCAUCGACAGCAACAAGCCACAACUUCACAUCAAAAAUGGACAAACGGAUCAAACCCUCGAAAGCACAGUCACACAAAAAGGAUUACGGACAUACAACGAUACAGAAACUUCCAAGUCCUCCUGGGUCCAAACAAUCCACGAAAUUCCCUACGAAGACCUGAUCAGCGCACACUCAGUCAACGCAUUCGUACCUCUGAUCCUAUGCCGUGAACUCCUCAAACACAUGGGAUCGAAUGGACCACGCUCAACCCUACAGCCAUUGGGCUACAUCGUCAAUGUCUCAUCCCGAGAAGGUAUUCUAGAGGACACGCCCGGCUCUCGUAGUAAAGCUGGUCAUCAUGUUCAUACGAACAUGUCCAAGGCGGCUAUUAAUAUGAUCACUGAAACGGAGGCUCAGUCUGCGUGGAAAAAGCGACGUGUUGCUAUGAACUCCGUCGAUCCGGGCUACAUGAGUGCUGCGCCUGAAUGUCAGCGCGUUGAUGGAUGUCCCAUUGGGUUUGAGGAUGGUGCUGCUAGAGUUUUGUGGCCUAUUGCGAUAGGCGAGAUUGAGGGAAGGGUGAUAUCGGGGCGGUUUUUGAAGCAUUUCCAGGAAGGAAUAUCUCUUACUCGAAGGGGUUAA